AUGAGAACUAGUCGUAAUUCAGUUUCUUUAAUUCUCGCACUUCUGUGCUGUUUGUUGAUACUACGCGCAGCAAAUUCGUCAAGGUUACAGCACUCUCCAUUGUUUGCAAACUUCUUGGGUGGUGAUAAAGGCACACUCGAUGACAUUGCGACAAAUGGGACCAGAUGGGCAGUUUUGGUUGCUGGUUCAACCGAAUGGUGGAACUAUAGGCAUCAGGCUGAUGUAUGUCAUGCAUAUCAAAUACUAAAAAAAGCUGGACUGAAAGACGAAAAUAUCAUUGUGUUCAUGUACGACGAUAUCGCAUACAACAAGGAAAACCCUAUGCCUGGUGUCAUCAUCAACAAGCCAAAUGGAACAGACGUUUACAAUGGAGUUCCCAAGGAUUACACAGGAGAGAACGCUACUACCCAUAACCUAUUUUCAGUGCUUUUGGGAAAUAAAACUGCUCUCACUGGAGGAAGUGGCAAGGUGCUGGACACUAGUCCAGAUGAUUAUGUUUUCAUCUACUAUACUGACCAUGGUGGUCCUGGAGUAGUUGAGAUGCCUGACAAACCUCUUUAUGCCGACGAGCUUAACAAAGUUUUGAAGUAUAAGCAUAAAGCAAAUGGUUACAAAAACAUGGUGUUCUACCUUGAAGCUUGCGAGUCUGGGAGUAUGUUUGAGGGCCUUCUUCCAACCAAUAUAAAUAUUUAUGUGACCACAGCAUCAAAUGCUACGGAGGAUAGUUGGGCUGAGUAUUGUCCUGAUUAUGGUGCCCCAGCAACCUUUGAUACUUGUUUGGGAGACUUGUAUAGUAUUUCUUGGUUGGAGGACUGUGACGCAAAGGACUUACGUAGUGAAACUUUGCAACAGCAAUAUGAAGCGGUUCGCGAUAGAACCCUAAAGGGAACCGCGUUCAAUGGCAGUUCUCAUGUCAUGCAAUAUGGAGAUUUGAGUUUAAGUGUGAACUUCCUCUCAUCUUACAUGGGUAGUAACCCUCCAAGUAGUAGCCAUGAAUCAUCAGCAACAGAUGCCUUAUCACCGUAUGUGAAAGUUCCACAACGCGACGCAGAUCUACUUCAUUUUCAGCACAAGGUUCGAAAAUCAGCUGCUGGUUCUUCGGAGAAUCUUGAAGCUCAGAAGAAACUGCGUGACGAAGUUGCUCGGAGGGAGCAUAUUGACUAUAGUAUAAAUCAUGUUGGCAACCUCUUGUUUGGAUCAGAAAAUGGCUCGAAAAUGUUGAGUUAUGUUCGCGCUGCUGGCCAACCUCUCGUCGAUGAUUGGGACUGUCUCAAGACUCUUGUGAGCGCUUAUGAGAAAUACUGCGGAUCCUUGUCGACCUACGGGCUGAAAUAUAUGCGACACGUCGCUAACCUCUGCAAUGCUGGGGUCACAGCCGAUCAAAUGGUUGCAGCGUCAAUUAAAACUUGUUCGUAA